AUGUCUUACUAUGUUCGAUCGAAAUUAAUUCGUCCUUCAACAACUUCUAAUCAUGAUAGACCAUUAGAUAAUAGUUCAGUAAGAGAAAGUAGAUUAGUGUAUAUUAAAAUUUUAAUAUUAUAGAAAGUAGAACACUACAUUUAAAACUGGAAGAGAGAAAGAAAAUUUAUAUGAUGAGAAUAUUAAAUUGAAAUCUUAAUUGAAUGAAUAAACUUAGUUAUUGCUUUAAUCAAGAUCAAAAGUAUAGCAAUUAGAAGUAAAGAUUACAAAUUUACAUUAGAGAGAAUUAUAAAGAUUUAAAAACUUAAUUGAAGAUUCUAUUAAACCAGAGACAUCUUAACAGAAAAUAUAAAUAGAACGUUAUGGCUUAAUUAUGAAAAUGAAAAACAAAAUCAAAUAGUUGAUUCUAGAGUUAUAAAGUAAGUCUAAAGAAUUAAUUAAAUUAAAGAGAACAAUGAGAUUCACUAAUUUUUAAGAAUUAGAAGUAAAUUAUCUAUUUCAUAAUCAAUUAGAUAGAAUUAAAAAAUUAUAUAGAUGAAACCCUUAGAUUGAGAUCAAAGUUAGAAUAUAAUGAAUAAAUGAUUGCUGUUUAAUCAUCAGCUGAACCUUUGGAAAAGUAAAUUUUGCAUUUAGAAAAAACAAUCAAAAUACUCUAGAAAGAUAAUCAAGAAUAUAAUUCAAAACAAUUAAAUAAUGAUUUUAUCACUUCUAAAUUAUAAGUAUAAACCUAUAAUCAAAGUAGAUUCAAUUAGAAGAAACUUUGAAAUAAAAUGAGAAAUAAUUUAAGGAAAUUAUAAAUUUUGAAUAAAUGGUCAAAGAAUUGAAUGAAUAUAAUAGAUAAUGCAAUGAUCUCAUUUCAUAAUUAUAACUUUAAAUUAAAGCUUAGAUGUAGAGUCACUAAAAUACAACAUAAGAAGAACUAUUAAAAAUUUAAUCUUCAUAUGAAUAGUUAUAAAUUAAAUAUUCUUAAGAGAUUGAGUAUUUAAUUAAUCAUAAUAUAUAUUAGUACUAAAGGCUAAGAAAUUCGAUCAUUAAAAACUGAAAUAUAGAGGUUGAAUUUACAUAUAUAGGAUAUGGAAAAGAUUAUAGAAAUUUAAGAAGAUAAGAUCAGAGAAAUAGAAUAUUCAGUUUACUCUCCAGUUGCUAAAGUAGGAUAAAUUGAAUCUCCUUUAUAAAAUGGAUUUAAAAUUAUGUAAAUAGAAAUGAAAUAGUAAAUAAUAAAUAAAAAAUUACCUCGAGUUUAAUUUACUGAUAUUCGAGAAAUUUGUAUGAAGGUUAGGUUAAAUCUAGUUAGAAAUAGAGUGUAAUAUUAAGAAAUAGAGGAUUACUUUAAUGAAUAAGAAGAAUUGAGCAUUCAUUAAUUGAAAAAUAUUUUGCAUAAGUACGAAUUAUAAAAUAAUAAUAAGACCCCCUUUUGAAAUUUAAGAUCAUCAAUAAAUUAAACUUUUCAGUAGAUAUUUAGUCGAAGAUAAUUCUGAGGAUUAUGUGAUUUAUGAUUAAGAUAGAAAAAAUAAAACAUCAAUAAUAAAAUCAGUUAUGAAAAAGAUAGUUGGAAAAUAUGAAAUACUAUCAAAUGAAUAAGAGUUAUCAAUUUUAUAAUCUAUUUAAUAAGUUAAAAUUUGA